CGCAUUCAGGCCCCGCCAGGCGCAGCCAUUUCCAGCCUGCAAAAGUACUAGCCCCUACUUUGACUCGUUGGCUCUCAGGACAAGCCUUCUGGACACCUCGACCUCCAGAACCCGGCACCUGAGAUCCUUACUCCGUCCACUAUUCUUCUUCUAACUUUGUUUGUCCAUCCUACCCCUUCUUUAUGUUCUGUCUCUACCACCAACGAUCCUGAAUCGUAUAUUUUGCGAUUUGGCUCGUCUCCUCGUGGCAGCUCGAGCUGCUCAUGUCCUCGCCUCCGUCGUCUUGUCCGGCCUUCUCAUGACCCGGCGCAUUGGCUGCGUAAUCGAUCCUUGAUCGCCCAUGCCCCCUCGCCAUCACUCGCUACCUCAGACAUCUUGACGAGGUUAUCAACGCGCCCACGAAGAUGCAGUUGCCAUGGAGCGGGCGUGAUGGCCCUGGAAGCCAGUCUUCUCUGUUACCCACGAGCAUCCCAACCAUCACCGGUCUCGCCGACAGCGCCAGUUCCAGCGAUGCGGAUCGCCCCCGACGACCAGCUCGCCACGUCCGGACAACGUCUGCCCAUGCUCGGAGUGUGGCAGAUGAUUACUCCUUCAUGACUCCCAGCGAGGCCGCCGCGAACCUACGAACCUCCUUAACCCAUGGCCUUACCCCCACCGAUGCCCUCACCCGACUCAGCGAAUACGGACCCAACGAGAUCCCCCACGAAGAACCGGAGCCGUUGUGGUUGCGCUUCGUUAAGCAGUUUCAGGAGCCCCUUAUUCUGCUUCUCCUAGUGUCAGCAGUCGCCUCAUUAUUACUGGGCAACAUGGAUGAUUCUAUCAGCAUCACGGUCGCUGUCACAAUUGUAGUGACGGUUGGCUUUGUCCAAGAAUAUCGAUCCGAGAAGUCUAUCGAGGCCCUCAACAACCUCGUCCCAAACCACGCCCAUUUGGUUCGUGGGCAGUCCAACAAAUCCGACAGCUCCUUAGGCACAUGGCCUCCGCGCUCCGAGACCGCAAGCGACUCCACCCCUUCUCCUGGAUCCGUUACUCCAAUCAGCGAUGUUUUAGACGCGACUUCUUCCAAGGUCAUGGCUUCCCAGCUGGUUCCAGGCGACUUGGUUCUUUUCACGACUGGAGACCGUAUCCCGGCCGAUAUUCGCGUCACCAAGGCUGCUGACCUGACUAUCGACGCAUCGAACUUGACGGGCGAGACAGAGCCUGUCAGAGUAACCCCUGAUGCCCGCCGACGGGGCUACGGUUCAUACGGCCUCGAAAAGGUUCAGCAUCCUCGACCCGCCUCCUUGUCGCCUUCUGAGCACGAUGACUCUUCCGGUGGAGAGGGCACACAUAACGUUGCAUAUAUGGGAACACUGAUCAAGUCUGGUCACGGACAAGGCAUAGUAUUCGCCACUGGAGGUCAGACACAUUUCGGCACCAUCGCUACCAGCGUAUCCGGAACUGAGAGCCCUCGCUCACCCCUUCAACUAUCAAUGGAUGACCUUGGCUCGCAACUCAGCAAGGCCUCGUUUGUAGUAAUUGGUCUCAUUUCGAUUAUUGGCUGGCUGCAGGGAAAGAAGCUCCUAGAGAUCUUCCAGAUCUCAAUCUCUCUCGCCGUUGCAGCCAUUCCAGAAGGCUUACCGAUCAUCGUCACCGUUACAUUGGCUCUUGGAGUACACCGCAUGGCUAGGCACAAUGCGAUCGUACGCAGGAUGCCCAAGGUCGAGACCCUAGGCUCUGUGAACGUCGUGUGCACUGACAAGACCGGCACUCUUACCACGAACCACAUGACGACUACCAAGAUCUGGUACUUUGGGGCAUCAGGGGCUGUCGAAGUUGAAGCCGACAACGAAUCUUCCGAAUCGAGCCCAGAUGUCAUUAACCCCGCCAGUCAACGAGUGCUUCGAAUCGGCAACGUCGCCAACAAUGCGCGGUUAGCACAAAAGUACACAGAACACGGCGCAGCAGCCUCGGCGGUCUUGUCGUCCACCCUGAAUCGCGAUGAAGCAUCCACCUAUACUCGUUGGGUUGGCCAGCCGACCGAUGUGGCCAUGUUGGACCUACUUGACCGAUUUAAGGAACAUGAUGUCCGAGACUCUCUAGGCCCUCGGGUCAGCGAAACACCAUUCAGUUCGGAACGGAAGUGGAUGGGCGUCACCAUCGGAUCUGAUUCUAAGGGCGAAAAAGAAUACGCGUAUAUGAAGGGCUCAAUCGAGAAGGUCAUCGCUGCUUGUGACACCUAUCUUCAACGAGAUGGGAGAGAGAUCAUUCUAGACUCCAAUCGCCGUCAGGAGGCCCUCCAGGCUGCAGAGGCCAUGGCUGUUCAGGGCCUUCGUGUCCUCGCGUUUGCGAGUGGCGCGGUAUCGAAAUCUGCCAAAUCCCGGUCCUCUGCACGUGGCCGGGGCGAUAGUCCGAUUGCUCAUGCCCCCGAGGAUAUUUAUAAGGGUCUCACGUUUGCUGGUCUCGUUGGAAUGCGCGAUCCUCCUCGACCCGGUGUUGGUCAUUCAAUCAGGCGCUUGAUGCGAGGAGGCGUCAAGGUCAUCAUGAUUACCGGAGACGCUGAAACAACAGCCCUCGCCAUUGGUAAACAAUUAGGCAUGAAUGUCGCAGUUCCCAGCGGUCAUGCGAGAGGCCAAGGAACUGUCAAGUCUGUUCUUCGAGGUGAUGAGGUUGACAAGAUGUCCGAGGAGGAGCUUGCGCAGGCUAUGCAACACACAACCAUCUUUGCGCGAACGAACCCCGAUCACAAGCUGAAGAUCAUCCAGGCUCUCCAGUCGAGAGGCGAUAUUGUCGCCAUGACUGGUGACGGUGUGAAUGAUGCGCCUGCGCUAAAGAGGGCUGAUAUUGGCAUCUCUAUGGGACGCCAUGGGACGGACGUUGCUAAGGAGGCGGCAGACAUGAUCCUGACGGAUGAUGACUUUUCUACUAUUCUCCAUGCCAUUGAGGAGGGCAAGGGCAUCUUCAACAACAUUCAGAACUUCCUCACAUUCCAGCUUAGCACAAGUGCUGCAAGCUUGGCGCUGGUCCUCAUUUGCACCUGCUUCGGAUUCAAGUCGCCCUUGAACGCGAUGCAGAUUCUCUGGAUUAACAUCAUCAUGGAUGGACCUCCUGCGCAAUCCCUGGGCGUCGAAAGCGUCGAUCCCGACGUCAUGAACAAGCCUCCACGAAGACGAGGCGACCCCGUCCUUACCCGACCACUCAUCACCCGGGUUCUCACUCAGGCCUCGAUCAUUACGCUGGGCACCAUGCUCAUCUACAGCCGCGAGAUGCUUGCGGAUGGCCAGGUGACACGACGCGAUACGACCAUGACUUUUACCUGCUUCGUCCUCUUCGACAUGUUCAAUGCGCUCAGCUGCCGGUCUGAAUCGAAAUCGGUGCUCCGAGGCGAGAUUGGACUCUUUUCUAAUAAUUUGUUCAACUGGGCCGUGGCUCUCAGCUUGGCUGGCCAGUUGCUCGUUAUCUACUUCCCGUGGCUCCAAGAGACUUUCCAGACGGAGGCAAUCGGGUUCUUCGAUCUUGUACAAGCAACGGCGUUUUGGCAGCGGAUACAGCCAGGCGGUAUAACCCUCCUAAACGGCCUCUCGCACCCGACCGACAGCGAUCAUGCCGUCGUCCGCGCCCCCACCUCGACCCUCCAGAAUGCCACCAGCGAGGCCGAGAUCCGCAAUGCGCUGGCAGCUCUCCACGCGCGCGAGACGGCAAUAACCACCCGUCUCGAUGCUCUCGUCGCCUCCCAGGCCGACCUCUCCCGCGACCUCGGCCGGCUGGACCUGCUACGGGCCGGGCUCGGCGCGCAGGUCAUCGCUGCGCGCUCCGUUGGCAACGACAUGCUGGCCGGCGCGGCGGACACGGCUGGCAGGCUGAGCGACAAGGUCAAGGAGCUGGACCUGGAGAAGAGCCGCGUCGAGAACACGCUCGGCGUGGUGGAGCAGGUAGCAGAGCUCAAGGCCUGCGUUCACGGCGUCGUGGGCUCCAUGGGGGCUCCCCAGGACUGGGAAGCGGCGGCUGGAUACCUGGCCAGAGCGAGCAAGGUGCCAGUCGACAUUAUCAAGGGACCUUUUGCUGCGAGCAUAGUGCCCAGCGUCGAGGUGCCCGACCCCCCGUGGGUGACCCUCGAGGAUGCGAGGGAGAGCCUGUGUGGCCUCUUCCUCAGGGAGUUUGAGAAGGCCAUGGGCGAAGGUGACGAGGUCAAGGUUACACGGUUCUUCAAGCUGUUUCCUUUGAUUGGGCGAGCUGAAGUCGGCCUUGAUGUAUAUGGGCGAUAUGUCUGUCAGGGUGUAGCAGGAAAAGCCCGAACCACACUGAAGGACAACGUCGGCAGUCAGACGCGGAAGGAUGGCUACUUCUAUGCCAAUGCUCUCUCGAUGCUUUUCCGCCAUAUCAUGGAGAUCGUGGACUCCCAUGGAGGACUAGUAGAGCGACACUACGGUUCCGGGAAAAUGAUCCGCGUCAUCGAGCGCUUGCAAAUGGAAGCGGAUGUCCAAGGCGGCAUCAUCAUCGACACCUGGAGUGAUGAGCGAGGGGUUGACCGAAAGCUGACGGACGUGAGGAGCUACCCCUUCUCGUUCCUGGUACAGAGCUUUCUACCCCCACCACCACGAGGUGGCACCCCGAGAGUGAACUCGCCGGCCAUUGGAGCGGGAAAUAACCCUCGCCAGAGCGAGGAUGAAGGCGUUGACAUGAAGGAGGUCGAUGGCCUGCUCGGCGAGAUCACCACCAUGCUAGGCAAGUGGUCGUACUAUAGCCACUUCGUCACUGGGAAGUUCCAAGACCCAAGCAUGGCCCCCAAUGCUCCCAUUGUCGUUCCAGAUGUUCUGCUCAAAUCGAACCUGUAUCGCAAAGUGUACAGCAAGUUGAUGACGCCCUACAACUCCAUGACCACCUUUUUCUUCCGCCGAUCCGUCGAAAAGGCAUUUCAGAUGGACGAGUAUCCCACCGGGUUAUCCCUUAGUCUGAGCAGACCCGUUGAUGGCAAUGCUCCAUUCAUCAUCGUGGCGGUGGACGUUGUAAUGUAUAUUGUGAAUGCCGUCAUCGACAAGUCCAUCUCGACAUCACACAGAGAUGUCAUUGCUUCAGUGGUCCCCACGAUUGGUCGCGUUCUGGGCUCCGACUUUAUUGGCAUGAUCCAACGCAAGAUGCGAGACGAGGCUUAUCCAAAGCCGGUCAUUCAAGGAGGUUUCCCACCCGAGGACAGGAUUAUCCAGUUUAUUGUCCUCAUCAACAGUCUUGAUAUGGCGAACGAAUACCUCACCAGGGUUAUCGUGAGCCGCUUAGGCGACCCCGGCAGCGACGUCCAAGAAGGGCCGCUCAAGAAUUGCUUCCCUCUUGAACGGGAUCUUGCCUUUGUCGCAAAUGCUUUACAUACUCUCCAAACCACGUUCAUUCUCAAGAGCAGCGAGUUAUUGAACGAAGGCAUUCAAGUACUUUUCAAUCAGGUUGUCAAGCUUCGCCUGCGACCUAUACUGAGCGAGACGUUCCGAGAUACAGACUAUACUCUGACCGAAGAUGACCUCGCCGAUAUCGCCCAGCAAAACGACGAGGACGAAGAGGAUAUACUGGAACAGGUAUCUCGACGAUUCGAGUACGGAUGGGACCAACUCAUGAAGCCCAUCGCCCGAUUGAUGACGCCCGGGACAUACAGUACCCUGCUAGAUAUGACGGCCAGAUACCUUGCUAAGCUGUGGGAGAAGAGGAUCCUCAGCUAUAGCGGACGCACAAACGCCUUUGGAGCGAUCCGCAUCGAGCGAGACUUUAGCGGCCUAGUGGAUACGGUUUCGCGAGGGGACUACACUGUGAGAGAGGUGUUUGCCAAGGUGACGCAACUUCUGAUGGUUGCGAACAUGGAGGACGAGGAGUGGGAUGAGAUCGUGGCUCUGGACGGCGACGAUGGGAUUGACUGGGUGUUGACCGAAGAUGAAAGGAGAAGAGCGAGAAACCUGGUACAAAGUUGAUUAGCAGGGAGCUACGAUGCUUGUUUGGGUUGGAGAGAGGAUGAACUGCAUAAUAGAUAAAAGCAGGCUUGGGAAGCCAAAGAGAAACUUCUUUAAUGAAGAUCAUAUCAAUCAAUAUCCGAUUAUAUGU